AUGGCGAAGGACUUGGACGAGCUCUUGGACGAGGUCGAGUCCAAAUUUUGCAGACCCGACCCACCGCGACUGGGCAUAGUGCAGCGGCCCGGAGGCUGCGGCGGCGGCAUCCUCAGCAACGACCGGAACCGAGCCGAGGCGAAAGAGAAUCUCAGAUCAGCAGAAACAUUUGAGAAAGAAGAUGAUCUUGACAGUCUUAUUAAUGAAAUAUUUGAAGAACCCAACUUUGACAAAAAAACCUUUAAAUUAAAAUCUAAAUCUUCAGGUAACACAUCUGUCAGAGCUUCCAUUCAAGGCCUUGGUAAAAGUUGCAGCCCAGUGUACCUCGGUGGAAGCACUGCUCUGUGCGGAAUCGGGACACGUACUUCACAGAGAGCAUGUGAUCAUCUGCGUUGUAUAGCAUGUGAUUUCUGGGUAGUAAGCUACGACGACUAUAUGUGGGACAAAUCAUGCGAUUAUCUGUUUUUCAGGAACAACAUGCCAGAGUUCCACAAGUUAAGAACAAAGUUGGUAAAGAAGAAAGGGACACGGGCAUAUGCCUGCCAAUGUAGCUGGAGAACUAUUGAAGAUCUGACUGACCUUCAGACCGAUCAUCAGCUUCGUUGGGUUUGUGGUAAACAUUAAGAAUGCAGACUUUUUGUAUUCAGACAAAUGUAUACAAUGAGAGCAGUCUCCAGUAAUUAUCAACAUAUUUAGAAAGAGGUACGAAGCAGUAUCAUGCCCUUUGGAAAAAGACAGGAAAUUUCAUUUAAUGACUAUAUAGUAUAGAUUUUCAAAGACCUAAUGGACUUGAGAAGAUAAUGUGCUUUAACAUUUUGGAAUUAUCUCUUUUUGAUGUAUGGGCAUUUCACUUAGUAAGUAAGGUAGCAAGUUAUCCUAAUUCUUUGCUAGCCUAUCUCCUGUUAAAUGGAAGUUUUAUUAUGGAGUUUCAUACAAAUAUAUAGCCAUUCAUUAGCAACUGCAGUAUUAGUCACUGCUAAUACACUUAGCUAAAUAUUCCUUAUUUACAACAUUUAAAGGGGAUAAAGCCAGCCAGUGCAGAGAGGUCACUGGGGGGUGUAUACAGCAUCUCCUCUGGUCAGAUCUGUUGUUGCCAAAGAUCAGAAUUUAGACAUGGCAGAAACCAUGUGAUCAGUGGCUAACUGAAGGAUUUUGGGGAGCACAGGUUUAUUGUAAAUGAAAACACUGCCUAUAUUGACCUUACCUCAGUAACUCCAAAUGAUAUUAUGUACAAUAAUGAUAAGUAUAUAUUCUAGUUUUAGCUUAUUUCUUCUCCUUAUGUUCAUUUAGAUAUCAAAAGUUAGUUUGCUAGUUUAGUAAAUAUUCAUUUAUAUAUAAAAAAAAUGUGUUGGUGUAGCUAUAAUCAUAAGGAAAAAUACUAAUAUAGAUAGAUCAUUAUUGGAUUUUUUCCAAGUAGUUCUGUAGCCUUCAGUGCCUAAAAUCCCAUCAAGUGAACAGUAAGUAAAAUAUUUUCUCAGCAGCCUGUUGAUUUUCUGGUAGGAUCAGGUUGACAUGUUGAUUGUUAGAUGAGUGCAUGAGAAAAGAAAUAAAGCAUAGUGGAACCAACAGGUAAUCUGUUGUGCUCCUCCUUGACAUCUCUGAGGCUGGAGGAACCCUACAAUAGCAGCACAUUCAGGAAAUCAGUUAUCUCAAAAUUAUCAGUUCCCAGCACCAUGGAAAAAUUCUGGGGGCUUUCCAAUCUGCCAUAAGCUCUUUAUUGCAUGUGUCUAAGAUAUAGUUCAAAUGUAUGACCCAAGGCAUGCUGAAAGGGAGUAAUUGAAGUGAAGUUGUGAUUGCUUAGUCUUAUGCUGAAUCCAUUCCAGUCACACCACUCAAGUAAGAAGAAAGACCGGCCAUUAAAAUCCUUUUCCUAGGCGUGACACAUUUGCUUACCUGUAAAACUGACUCUAGUAAGUCUAGCAUUGCAACAAAACCCAUAGUAAACUCACAGUGGCAGAUGCUUACAUUUUUGUAUUGACAAUGUUUACAGAUUUUAUCUUUGAAUAAAGAUUUUUUACUCCCUAAAAUUUUAU